AAAAACAUAUUAACUAGUAACUGUUCUUCGCUUCCAGACAGCAACAUGUCGGAAUUCACCAAGGCGUGUGACUAUGAAAAGGAGUUUAAUGCACGACUCUACUUAGACACAUAUUUUCAUCUGGGAUCUGGAAGUUUAGCUGACGAUUUCUUGAGAUUUGAACUUGCCAAUUUGCACAAGAUAUUUACUUCAGGGGGUGUGACAGGGAAAACUCUCAUAGACAUCGGGACAUGUCCAUCCAUUUACCAUCUUCUUUCUGCUUGCGAAUCGUUUAAUGAGAUUAUAGCUACAUGGUACACUCAAACCGAACUGCAUGAGCUGCAAAAGUGGAUGAAUAAGGAUCAAGGAGCAUUUGAUUGGUCAUCGGUUGUAAAACACGUGUGUGAACUGGAGGGUAAGAGUGGGAAAUGUCAAGAAAAAGAAGACAAUCUAAGAGGAAAAAUCAAGCAGAUUUUGCAUUGUGAUGUCAGUAAAAAUAAUCCUCUAGAACCUGUUGUGUUGCCCAAAGCUGAUUGCCUUAUUGCUGCUGUUUGUCUAGAAGCUGCCUGUAGGAACCAAAAUUCUUACAUUACAGCUUUGAAGAAUCUCUCAAACCUCCUAAAACCCGAGGGCCACCUUAUCCUUGCUGGAGACCUAGGAGCAAACUACUAUGAGGUGGGUCCCAACAAGAUAUUUUCUCUGGCUGUGAGUGAGCAGUCCCUGAGGAACGCGCUUGGUGAAAGUGGCUAUGCCAUCCGAGAGUUGGUGUCUUUUGGGAAACCAGAAGGUGCCGAUUUUGACAACUCAGAUUAUGAGGGUUUUUACUUUAUUCAUGCUCAAAAACCCUAAGACUGUUUUCAUGAGUUUUUUUAUUAGGUAAUUGCAUGAAAUUUUCCAGAAUGUCCCACAUGGAAUAAUCAACCUCCCUUCACUCUCUCCAGCUGUACAAGUUAUUUGUUUCUUUUGAUUCCAAUAAUUUUGGAUUUACCAUAGCAAUUUAAACUUUGGACUCGCAGGCAGGAUUUGUAAAUCAGCGAUUGAUUAAAUCUGAGAUAGCGGUGACCCUGGAAAACCGGAUUCUUUCAAAGUGAUGAUAGUUUGGGCUCAUGUAACCAUGGCUAAUCUUUCAAGGGCUAAUCUUUUAGAUAUUAACAGCUAGAUUAUAUUAAUUGAGGUAAACUUAUUUCUUAAUUGCUUCUCUUUAAAAUUUAAAGUAAUUAUUACUUGCAUAACCAUCUUAUUGCAUAACUUUCUUCUCACUGCCUAUAUAAUACUUUGGCAUUAAUAGGAAAUCAGUGCAUUAAGUUAAUUAUUGAUCUGCUAUGUCAGCUUAACUCUAUUAUGGUUAUUCCUCUUCCAACAAGCUAUUCUUACUGAAUAAAAUUAGGUGACAAUUA